AUGGGCGUCAUUGCUGAGGAUCUCAACGCUACCGUCGCCCGUGUGCGCAUUGCUCUGAUUCAGUCGCAAGUCCGUGAUCAAGCAACCUCCCCCGUCAGGAGAGCCCGCAGAAGAUCGACUACUACCGCUGUGUACGCUGGAUCCAAGGACGGAGUGCCAGUUUUCUCCAAGCAGAAGGUUGUCAGAGUGAUCUAA